GUGUAGGGCCGAGAGGGUGGGGAAGGCGGGAGCGGGGCGAGAGAGGACUCGGGGCAGCCAGCCUGCGGCGGGGCCGGAGUGCCGGCGCUUUGAACUCCGGGCGAAGGUGAAGCACAACUUUUGCAACUCGUGUUGGCGGCUCUGCUCCCCCCAGUAUAAAAGAGCUUCAUGGAUCAUAUUGCUAAUAAGUACAUGGAAGAUCUGAAGAGCUGAAGAAAAAAAAAUUCACCAUUAAACUUGUUUUUUAAAAUGGCCUUAUUUUGACUUGGUGACCUACCUUUCCUUGGAUCACAGAUCUAGGUUGGAAUUUGCCCUUGACAAAUAACAAGAUGAUGAGUGAUGCAAGUGACAUGUUGGCUGCAGCGCUGGAGCAGAUGGAUGGGAUUAUAGCAGGUUCUAAGGCCCUGGAAUAUUCCAAUGGGAUUUUUGAUUGCCAGUCCCCCACCUCCCCAUUCAUGGGAAGCUUGCGAGCCCUGCACCUUGUGGAAGACCUGCGCGGGUUGCUGGAGAUGAUGGAAGCAGACGAGAAGGAAGGCUUGAGGUGUCAGAUCCCAGACUCCACGGCAGAAACGCUCAUUGAGUGGCUCCAGAGUCAAAUGACGAAUGGACACCUCCCUGGGAACGGAGAUGUGUAUCAAGAAAGACUGGCCCGUUUAGAAAAUGAUAAAGAAUCCCUCGUCCUUCAGGUGAGUGUGCUGACAGACCAAGUGGAGGCUCAAGGAGAGAAGAUUCGCGAUCUGGAGUUCUGCCUUGAAGAGCACAGAGAGAAGUUGAAUGCCACAGAGGAAAUGCUGCAGCAGGAGCUUCUGAGUAGGACAUCUUUAGAAACUCAGAAGUUGGACCUGAUGGCUGAAAUAUCUAACUUAAAGUUAAAACUGACAGCUGUAGAGAAGGACAGAUUGGAUUAUGAAGAUAGAUUCAGAGACACGGAGGGCCUAAUGCAGGAGAUCAAUGAUUUGAGGUUAAGAGUCAGUGAAAUGGAAAAUGAAAGACUUCAGUAUGAGAAAAAGCUGAAAUCUACCAAGUCUUUAAUGGCCAAACUUUCUAGCAUGAAAAUCAAGGUGGGUCAGAUGCAGUAUGAAAAGCAGCGGAUGGAACAAAAGUGGGAGUCACUGAAGGAGGAGCUGGCAUCUCUAAAAGAACAACUGGAAGAGAAGGAAUCUGAAGUGAGAAGACUACAAGAAAAAUUGGUUUGCCAGAUGAAAGGAGAAGGGGUUGAAAUUCUUGAUCAAGAUAUUGAAGUACAAAAAAUGAAAAAGGCCGUGGAGUCUUUGAUGGCAGCAAAUGAAGAAAAGGAUCGGAAAAUAGAAGAUCUUCGACAGUGCCUGAACAGGUACAAGAAAAUGCAAGAAACAGUCGUUUUGGCUCCAGGUAAAAAAGGCCAAGAUGGCGACUUGGAAGACCUGCUUCCAUCCAGCUCCUUCUCCACUCUGCUGGACCCGCAGGUCUUUAGUGAUCUGGAGAAAAACCUGUCGCUGACGCCAGUAAGGGGCUCUCCCAGUCAUGACCCAUUUAACACAAGUGCUCCAGAAGAGUUCAACACAAGCAUCUUGCAAGUUUCAAUGCCUUCAUUAUUGCCAGCAUCUAAAGGCUUGGAAACUUCUGAAAAAGCAAAAUUGCCUUCUAAGCCAGAGACUCCAUUUGAGGAGAGUGAUGGAAUUGGUUCUGCUGCUGAAGCUCAACUGUGUGAUAGUCUUGCAACUUCAAGUUUGCAGAAAUCUAGCAGCCUGGGCAAUCUGAAGAAAGAGUCAUCAGACGGGGAAAAGGAGUCUAUUCCAAAGCCUUCAGAAGAGUUUGAUCUGUGUUUCAUUUUGUCAUUCCCCUGUGUUCUCUCCAUUGCGCUGCGUGUGAUUGUGUGCGUUGUUGGGAUUUCUGAAGAUCGUAAACGAAGUGCCAGUGCACCCACCUUAGCUGAAACGGAAAAGGAGACACCCGAGCAUUUAGAUCUGGCUGGUGUAUCUUCUCGGCCGAAAAAUUCCCAGGGAAGUAGUCCCUUCCAGAUGUCUCCACCAUCUCCAGAUUCCAAGAAGAAAUCCCGGGGUAUUAUGAGACUCUUCGGAAAACUUAGGAGAAGUCAGUCCACUACAUUCAACCCAGAUGACAUGUCUGAGUCUGAAUUCAAAAGAGGAGGGACAAGGGCAACUGCGGGGCCCCGACUGGGUUGGUCUCGUGAUUUGGGACAGUCUAACAGUGACUUGGAUAUGCCAUUUGCCAAGUGGACCAAGGAUCAGGUUUGCAGUUGGCUGGUGGAACAGGGUUUGGGGUCUUACCUGAAUUCUGGCAAGCACUGGAUUGCAUCUGGCCAGACACUUUUGCAGGCUUCUCAACAAGACCUAGAGAAGGAGCUUGGAAUCAAGCAUUCCCUUCAUCGAAAGAAACUCCAGCUGGCACUGCAAGCCCUGGGAUCUGAAGAAGAAACCAAUCAUGGAAAGCUGGAUUUCAACUGGGUCACUAGAUGGUUGGAUGAUAUUGGCCUCCCCCAGUACAAGACCCAGUUUGAUGAAGGACGGGUAGAUGGUCGAAUGCUUCAUUACAUGACUGUUGAUGACUUACUGUCUUUGAAGGUCGUGAGUGUGCUGCACCAUCUCAGUAUCAAAAGGGCCAUCCAGGUCCUAAGGAUCAAUAACUUUGAGCCAAACUGUCUACGGAGGCGACCCUCUGACGAGAACAGCAUCACCCCAUCGGAAGUUCAGCAGUGGACCAAUCAUCGAGUGAUGGAGUGGCUGCGCUCUGUGGACCUGGCGGAAUAUGCCCCCAACCUCAGAGGCAGUGGUGUCCAUGGUGGGCUCAUGGUUCUAGAACCUCGUUUUAAUGUAGAAACAAUGGCUCAGUUACUGAACAUCCCACCAAGUAAGACCCUAUUGCGAAGACAUCUGGCCACUCACUUCAACCUUCUGAUUGGUGCGGAGGCCCAGCACCAGAAGCGGGAUGCCAUGGAGUUACCAGAUUACGUGCUUCUAACCGCAACCGCCAAAGUGAAGCCAAAGAAGCUUACCUUCAGCAAUUUUGGGAACCUGAGAAAGAAGAAACAGGAAGAUGGGGAGGAAUAUGUUUGUCCGAUGGAGUUGGGACAGGCAUCAGGAGGGACAUCUAAGAAAGGAUUUAAGCCUGGUUUGGAUGUACACCUGUAUGAUGAGGAUGACCUGGACCGAUUAGAGCAGAUGGAAGACUCAGAAGGGACAGUGAGACAGAUAGGUGCAUUCUCUGAGGGCAUCAACAACCUAACUCACAUGUUAAAGGAAGAUGACAUGUUUAAAGAUUUCGCUGCCCGUUCCCCCAGUGCCAGCAUCACUGAUGAAGACUCAAACGUCUGACCAUAGCACCUGGAUGAGAGCAGGGAGCCCUUCAUCUUUGUUCCACUUUAUCCCUCGGACACUCACAGUAUCUACAGCAAGCCACAGACUGUAUAUUGUUUAUCAUUCCCACUUCUCAUGUGGAAGUGGAGAUGGAAAGCAGGGAAUAGGUGCUGAUUCUAAAGUUGCCAUGACAAUUGAGACACUGGUGAAUGAGAGUAUAAUUGUUUCUCCUCUAUUUAAUGUAAAAAAAAAUCUGUGAUAUAUUAUAUUUAAAGUGUUGCAUUUAAUAUGAGUAUUUUACCAUAGUCUUUCCAUCCACACUCACACCAUGGAGGAUUUGGGAAGCAGUGACCAGUAUGUGAAUGAGUUUUGUCUUGUUGAUGUGACACCACUGCGGCCCUCGAAGCAGGACGUUACAUGCUUUCAAAAUCAAAUUGUGGGAUUUCUUAGGUGUUCCGUGUGCCCACUAUAUGCCAGCCACACCUCCACUUGCCUCUCAUUAUCCUAUUUUUUAUAUAUUUUUCUAAAUAUAUGUAUAUACUUAGUACAUAGAAAAUAGAACUUUUAUUUUGUAACAUAAGGAAGAUGGUAAAAAGAUCACGUUAAAAAAAUACAGUGAUCAAAAUUUUCAUAUACCAGCUGUUUCUUGGAGAGGUUCAAAUGAUCUUUCUUUUCCCCAAACUGAAUUCUAAUCAUGUUGAUCAUUCAGACUAAAUUAACAUAUGUGAAAUACCCCUUCUUUGAUGACACCUCACAAAAUUGUUGAAUAGCUUUUUAAGAAUUUCAGCCUUAGUCUUGGAUCCUCUUAACUCAUAAGGAAGAAUCUGAGGGACAUUUUAAGUGCUAGUAACCUGAGUGCAUUCAAGAAACUCCCCCAAAAUUUGUAGAAAUAAUUCCUGAAGAAACCAAAACAAAACCCUUUACAGUAUUAAGCUUCUUAUCUUCUGAUCUUUGCUAAACAUAUCAUUGCAUCAAAAUACUAACAGUCUGCCUAAUGUUAUUAAUUGCAUACUUCUCAGACUAUCAGCAAAUGGAUUUUUUUAAAAAAGCUGAAUACUUGUCUGAACAUUUUAUCUCAGAUUUCAGUAACUCAAAGACUGCAAAAUUAGUUUCAUAAUAGCUAUAGUGUGAUGAUAAAAUGCAGUUCAUGUUUUUCUGUAGCACAGGGCCCAAAUAUUUUUUUUCUAAAUAUUCUUUAUCAAGAAAAUCGAAAGCUGCAAUAAAAACUGUUAUUGUGUUUAUUAUUUUCUAGAGGUAUCAGAAAAAUAUCCAGUUUUUGGUUCACUACUGUGUCAUUACUUAUGAUAGUCAGUGGUGGUAAAGACAGGUUUUGAAAAAUUAGCGUAGGGUGGGCAGUUCAAUAUAUGUCCAAAGACUUGCCUAAUAAAUUAUUUGAAUGUCAGUGGUAUGACCUUUCAAGUUAGCAAGUUUCCAAGUUUCUUAUCAAGGAACCCUGUGAUACUAAAUUACUAUUUAUUCAUAAUUAAAAUGACUCAAUGCUAAUAAUAGUUUUGCUCCCUGUUAUGCACUAUUUGGUAACUGUAUUGGACAUUCUGUAUUUGUGUUUUAAUGUGAACAUAUGUCACCAUUUGAAAAACCAUUUGUUAUUCAAUCCUGGUUAAAAAUACCAGGAGACUGUUACAGAUGCCAAAU